AUGUCAAGCAAUUUACCAAUGGUUGAAAGAUUGAACAUAUCUGGUAUUGAUUUUGUGGACAGCACCAACAAUGCUUGUUUCUUACCUGACGCAUUGGAUAAUGAUGUUAUAAAUUUGAUAAAUAAGUUUAUUCGCGCUAUUGAAUACCACACAAAGGACAUGCUUCUUUUACCGACCAAAAUUGAGCAUAUCAACAUUGUUUCUCUACUCAAUACAAGCUUUUUUAACAACUGUAAAGAAAACGACGUUUGCCAAUACAGCUACCAAUAUUAUGAAGCACCUGAACAAUUAAAAAACAUGGAGAACGACUAUAAAAUCAAAUAUGUAGUCCCGUUUGUGAAUGCUGCUUUUGAUGUUCAUGAUAAACUAACUGUCUAUUGGGACGCACCUUUGAAUCUUUAUACAAACUCAAACAUGAAAAUACAAAAAAGACAGACUACUGAUGCUAAAUUCACAGCAAUUGAUGGUACUGAAAUUGGUGUUGUAGAGAUCAAACCAUUCAACACUCCCUCCAAAACAGUUGACGAAGAUCGAGUUCGACUUGCGGAAAUCAGCAAAAAAAUGCUUCAUAAAAGAAUAUUAGCUGCAAAGAGUGAAAAAGAAUUCAUCACUUUUGCUAUCAUGAUUGCAGGCAAUGAUAUUGAAUAUUUCGUUCAUGAAUAUAAGCCUCAAGAAUUAACAGCGUCUAACGAGGAUGGAAUUGACAACGCAAAAAAGUAUACUUUUCGGCUUCUGAAAAACUCGAUUCUUCCCACUCUCUCUAAAACUUUUAGCCAUAUGUCAGUUUCAUUAGAAUCUUUGUUUCAUUAUAAGAAAAUGAUGGCCAAGAGUAUUGCUUCAACUUCUGAUAUUGAAAAGCCGUAUCUCUACAGAGACAGUUGCAAAGAAUUUGAGCCGACUGUAACCCUGUUGAAGCUUGGUAAUGAUGAUGAUGAAUAG